UACUCAACGUAAGACACUCUGGACUUUGUGCACACCAUUACACAGGCGACUAGCCAAAAACCCACUCCACCAUCAAAAUAUCGAAGGAUCAAGGACAAAACAAGCCAGGGGACAAGGAAGCUGAAUGUCGAUCCCAUGUACACCUAUCCCCUACUUGACAAAAGAGCUGGCAAAGAAAUGAAAAUGCAAACAGAUGGACCAGCAGACCGCAAGCAGCUGAAAAAACUCAACAAUCAGAUGCAAGUUUUAAAGCUUCUGCCACAACCAACAUUGCAACUCAUCAAAGAAAUGUGGGCAAAUGCAUCUCCAAACAAUGUGGCCUAUACUGGAGCAAAAGGCUUUGUAAUGGUUGAAGACAUCCAAGAGAUACUUCGAGAUGGCGAGCUUGGCCACGAGACAAUAAAUGCCUAUGCUGAACUUCUGGUCGAGGAGUACGACAAGUUUCCGAAUUUCAGUUUGAUUGAAUCACAACCGAAGAGGUCAUACGUCUUCUCUGGAGACCUGAUGAACUCGUUUGUAUUGAACACCACUGAGCAGAAUGAACAAAUGUUUGGAGAACUACUGCCAGAUGCCAUAAAUUCCGCAUCAUAUCUGAUCUUCCCAAUAUUCUGCAAAAGCCACUGGACACUGCUCAUCCUUGAUACUACUCGACCAAUGUGGUUAUACUACAACUCACUGAAAAUCGAAGGGAGGGACAACUACUUUGAUGCAUCGACUCCAUUGAGGCUGGCAAUCACUAAAUACAUCUGUUCAGAAAUACGCACAUCAAGACUGGAAAACUUCUCAUCAACUGCUUGCAUGUGUCCGACACCAAAAUAGCAGCCCAAUUC